AUGCCCGAGAUGGGGUUCCUCGCGACGGCCCUGGGGGCGCACGGCCAGCUGCGCGUCGUCGUCCUCACGCGCGACGCCGCGGCCAUCGCCGCGUCCGUCUGCGACCACCGCCACUUCGGGGGGCCGGGCCCGAGCGCGUGCGCCAAGGAGCUCGAGCUCCUCUCAAAGGCCGCGCGCCUCAUCGCGGCCCAGGUUUUGGCCCUCCCGGCGACGGUCCUCUGCGACCACUACGACCAGGAGGACCUCAUCGACGCGACGCGGGGCGGCCACGAGCGGCUCGGCGCGUACCUCGAAAUCGACGCGCCGACCUUCGCGGCGGCGACGAACGCGGGCCACGCGCCGUCCAAGCCGGAGCCGCCGCACCCGGAGCGCGACGCGCUCAGCUACCCGAACUACGGCGGUCCCCGCAAGCCCGAGCAGAUGCCCGAGAUGGGGUUCCUCGCGACGGCCCUGGGGGCGCACGGCCAGCUGCGCGUCGUCGUCCUCACGCGCGACGCCGCGGCCAUCGCCGCGUCCGUCUGCGACCACCGCCACUUCGGGGGGCCGGGCCCGAGCGCGUGCGCCAAGGAGCUCGAGCUCCUCUCAAAGGCCGCGCGCCUCAUCGCGGCCCAGGUUUUGGCCCUCCCGGCGACGGUCCUCUGCGACCACUACGACCAGGAGGACCUCAUCGACGCGACGCGGGGCGGCCACGAGCGGCUCGGCGCCCACUCGUGCACUGGCGAGCAGUUCAUGCUUGCAAGGGUUUUCUAA